AUGGGACAGCUGAUGGCCAAGCUGAUGAGCAUCUUUGGGGAACGGGAGCACAAGGUUAUCAUCGUGGGACUGGACAAUGCAGGGAAGACCACCAUUCUCUACCAGCUCCUGACAAAUGAGGUGAUCCAUACAUGUCCCACCAUCGGUAGUAACGUGGAGGAGAUUGUUCUGCAAAAGACCCACUUCCUCAUGUGGGACAUAGGAGGACAGGAGGCUCUGCGCUCCACCUGGAACACAUACUACUCCAACACUGAGUUCAUCAUCCUUGUGAUUGACAGCGCAGACCGGGAUCGGCUGGGGACCACUCGAGAGGAGCUGUACAAGAUGCUGGCCCAUGAGGCUCUACGAGAUGCUUCCAUCCUCAUCUUUGCCAAUAAGCAGGACAUGAAGGACUCCAUGACCAUCGUGGAGAUCUCCCAGUUCCUCACCCUCAGUGCCAUCAAAGACCACCCGUGGCACAUACAGGGCUGUUGUGCCCUCACCGGGGAAGGGCUGCCUGCUGGGCUGCAGUGGAUGCAGUCUCGGGCCACUGCCAAUUGA